AUGGUAGGCCCUUCCUCUAAACUCGGCAACGAAGGUUCAUCCGUUCCUCCAAAGGGGGACUAUCCCCCUGUCCUGACAGGCCACCGUGAACCCCUCGAAAGCGAGGGCUCCUUUAAUCAAUUCGAACAUCUUGAUCUAACGCCCAUCAUCGGGCGUGAAUAUCUCACCGUGGAUCUUGCAAGCAUUCUACGAGCUUCAAACUCAGAUGAACUCAUUCGAGAUCUGGCUAUUAUCAUUUCUCAAAGAGGAGUAGUAUUCUUCCGGAAACAAGAUAACAUCACGAAUGAAUUGCAGAAAGAACUUGUCCAGCGUCUCGGAGAAAUAUCUGGCAAGCCAUCCACAUCUAAACUGCAUAUCCAUCCUGUCAACAACUCGAAUAUAAGUAACUAUACCGACGACGAGAUAAGUGUGGUUUCAUCAGAACAGGCUAAAAAGCUCAACACAUCGCGCUUCUUAGAAAGGAAGCAGUCUCAGCGCAACCAAUGGCACUCAGACAUCGCUUUUGAGCCAGUUCCUAGCGACUACACUCUACUACGGAUGCUUCAGCUACCAAAGACUGGUGGAGAUACUCUUUGGGCAUCGGGAUAUGAAGUUUACGAUAGAAUAUCGUAUCCACUGCGAACCUUUCUUGAAACGCUCACAGCAACAUAUGCUCAGCCCGGCUUCAACCAGAACGCUCGUGACAAUGGGUUGCAAAUGUACACCGGUGAGCGCGGUGCUCCAGAGAACAAGGGUGAAUUGCUCGAAGCCAUCCAUCCCGUUGUCCGUACGAACCCAGUCACAGGCUGGAAAAGCAUCUACGCCGUGGGACAACAUGUUAGUCAUAUAAACGGGUUUAGCGAAGACGAGUCAAACAAUUUUCUGAAUUGGUUUCUUCAGCUUGUCGUAGAGAAUCAUGACUUGCAAGUCAGAAGCCGGUGGCAGAACGUCAACGACAUCGCGAUUUGGGAUAAUCGCUGUACCUACCACGCAGCUACUCCUGACUACCUAUAUGGAGAUUUUGGUGCAAGAGAAGGGACCAGGGCUGUAAGCGUGGGUGAGCGACCAUAUUUUGAUCCUGAAAGCAAAAGUCGCAUUUAA